AGGGGCCACUUUAAGAUGUUGUGUUCUUGCAGGUGCAACAAUCUCUAAGAGAGAGAGAGAGAGAUGCACUUCUGAGCGAGAGGCCCAAAGCAGGAUCUACCACUGACUCACUGAUUUCUGUGUCAACAGAAAGUCUGGUUGGACACACAAAGCUCUGCAUCAUGUCAACUGUGAACAGACAGCAGGUGCUCCGGACCACAAAGGUGCGGACUUCGAUGAAGGGAGAUGGCAGUUGGAUUCGUGCAGUCACAGAACCAAACCAGCAGGAAGAUAGCCCACGAAAACCAGAGAUUCCCAAGAAACCCAUUGAGUUAUCUUCUGUUGAAUCCAGCCCUGUCACCUCUCCCACUGCACUGACCUCUCCCACAAAGGCAACAAAUGACCAAGCAGUGGGUGUUGACCCCACGACCCCUGAAGCCAGUGGGUGGACCAGGGCUAUCAGACCAGCCAGGCUGAAUUCGUAUGUCCUUUCAGCUACAAAGAAAUUUGAGUCCAUAGCUGCUCCAGUAAGUCCCCCAUUCAGAAGAGUUCCCUCAACUAAAAGUGAGAGUGUCACCGCGGCUAGUGAGGCCGCGCCCGCCUCAACCGAGGCCCAGGUUGUCGGGGAGCAAUCUCCUCCAGAGGUAUCAGUCGAGUCUGGGAGUGAGAAGACUACUAACAUACAUGGCCAAGAUGCCCAAUCAACCGAUGCACCUGCUGUGAAUUCAGAGGGAGAAUCGCCCAAGGAAGCCGCGGAUGAGAAGCCUGAUAAUGAUGCAGGGAUCGCCGUAGUGCCAGAGAAGUGUCCUGAUGAUCCAGCGUCUGCUGAACCUGUGAAGGAGGUCGCUAUGGAAAGCUCUCCUGAGACGACCACAGAACUGACUGCGGAACCCACAGUGGAACCCACGGUGGAGCCUGCCGUGGAACCAGCAAGCGAUGUAAAAGAGGAACCUGUUGCAGAAUCUGCUGCGGUGGCAGAACCUGUAAGUGAACCAGUAACUGCAGGAUCCACCGACGAACUUCCCAUCGAACUUGACACAACUAACGACAAAGACCCUACACCUGCAUUGACGUCACAUGUUGAAGGGGAAGAAGAAUCUACACAGGAAUCUUCAGAAAUAUGUACACAUGCAGAAAAACCUGUUAUGGAGACCUCAGAAAAAUCCUUACAUGAAGAGUUUGUGUCUGAGCCUCUUGUUCCCAAUGUUGAACUUGCAAUGGAGUCAACCGCUGAAAGUACUGCCGCCUCUGCCACUGUCUGUUCUGUUGAGACAACUGUCGAGCCCGUUAAGGAGCCGCCAGCUGAACCUGCAGUACAGCUUGAACAGAAAUUGACCUCGGAGGCUCAACCUGCAGUUGAACUUACAUCGGAUCCUGAAGUGAAAUCUGAAGUUCAGCCUGUAGUUGAACCAGCAGUUGAACCUGCUUCUGAACCAGCAGCUGAACCUGCUUCUGAACCAGUAGUUGAACCAAUAGCCAAAUCUGCAUCUGAACCAGCAGCUGAACCAACAGCUGAACCAGCAGCUGAACCUGCUUCUGAACCAGCAGCCGAACCUGCUUCUGAACCAGCAGCUGAACCAGCAGUUGAACCAGCAGCUGAACCUGCUUCUGAACCAGCAGCUGAACCAGCAGCUGAACCAGCAGUUGAACCAGCAGCUGAACCAGAAGCUGAACCAGCAGUUGAACCAACAGCUGAACCAACAGCUGAACCAGCAGCUGAACCAACAGCUGAACCAGCAGCUGAACCUGCUUCUGAACCAGCAGCCGAACCUGCUUCUGAACCAGCAGCUGAACCAGCAGUUGAACCAGCAGCUGAACCUGCUUCUGAACCAGCAGCUGAACCAGCAGCUGAACCAGCAGUUGAACCAGCAGCUGAACCAGAAGCUGAACCAGCAGUUGAACCAACAGCUGAACCAACAGCUGAACCAGCAGCUGAACCAACAGCUGAACCAGCAGCUGAACCAGCAGCUGAACUUAAAGUUGAACUUGCAUCUGAACCUGUUGUUGCAGCAAAUGAAGAACCUGUUGAAGUCGAGGAGUCAGUUAUUGAAUCCGCCAUUACGUCUACUGUUCAAGCACCUGUUGAGGUUGUACAGGAGCCAUCUGUUGGGUCUGCCAUGGAACUGGAUGAGGCAUUAGAAGAGGGAGCAUCUUCCACUGCAGUGGUUGUCACUGAUGUUAUUGCUGAAGCUUCUGUGGAAAGUGUGGGACCUACAGUGGAAUCUGCAAAAGAAUGCUCCAAUGAAUCAGAAUCUGGUCAAGAGAGUGAAAAAAACAGCUCUGAAGAAACUCAGGCAACUGAACCAGUAGUGAAUCUAGUUACAGUCCAUUCUCUGCGCCAUACUGAUAAUGGCACACCCAUCUGUUCAUACUGUGAUACCCCAAUUGAUGGUACUAUCAAGAUUAUGAUCGAUUUCCCCCCCAUUUACAGCCAUCCAGGCUGUUUCAAGUGUGGGGUAUGCAGCCUGGCCUUGGGAGACAUGAAGACUGGCAUGUUUUUGCAUGGACAGGUGAUCCACUGUAACGGCUGCUUCUUCAAAACGAUUUAAAGAGGAGUUCGAGAUCAAUCGUUGCAAGGCUGUGAUUUGUGCCUGUUCUAAAUGCUUUUAGAACCAUAUGUUAGGUUUCUUUUUUUCUCCUUCUCCACAAUAGCUGGCUUCAAUAUAGUCCCCCUAGCAACCGAGCAUUCUUCUCUUCUAUUCCCAAUGUGACAAUGUUAUGAGAAUCAAAUAAAGUACAUUACUGUGAUG